GAAACUUUUAAGUGAAUCAUAGGCUGCUGUGGCUGAUAGAAAAACAAAAAAUUUACCAGAAUUCUAGCUAAAUUGCAGUUGUCAGAUUCAAACUCACUGCCAAAAACACAUUUACACUUCAUUUGUUUUUUGUAAAGGCCUCAAACUGGGUAACGACAUGUCUACAUCUUCAAUGGAAAAACAUCUUUUCAAUUUAAAAUUUGCUGUCAAGGAGUUGGAACGCAAUUCCAAGAAAUGCGAGAAAGAAGAGAAACUUGAAAAGGCCAAGGCCAAAAAGGCAAUACAGAAGGGUAAUAUGGAUGUGGCUCGUAUUCAUGCCGAGAAUGCCAUACGACAAAAGAAUCAGGCUGUCAACUAUUUACGGAUGAGUGCCCGUGUGGAUGCAGUGGCCAGUCGUGUCCAAUCGGCGUUGACAACACGCAAGGUCACCGGAUCUAUGGCCGGAGUGGUCAAAGCCAUGGACGCUGCCAUGAAGGGCAUGAAUUUGGAAAAGAUUUCGUCGCUGAUGGAGAAAUUUGAGUCUCAAUUCGAAGAUUUGGAUGUCCAAAGCUCCGUUAUGGAGGGCACAAUGUCCGAUACGGUUACAACAUCCGUGCCACAAGGCGAUGUCGAUAAUCUGUUGCAACAAGUGGCCGAUGAAGCUGGCUUGGAACUCAAUAUGGAAUUGCCCAGCGGUGUGCAAAGUCAAACAAUUGGUGCCUCAACGGCUGUGUCACAGGAGCAGGACGAACUCACACAGCGUUUGGCUCGUCUCAGGCAGGCAGAGUAGAGAAUAUAGAGAUAUAUAAAGAGAGCCCAGCUGAUUCUUCGUUGAAUUUCUUUGUUUUAGUUCAUAAAUGAUAAAAAAAAAAAUAUAUAUAUAUAUAUACAUAAGCUUAUAAUUACACUUAACUAAUGAGUCACUUAA